AUGGCGCGUGUUUGGAACGCAAGUCUGGUGAGAGGCGACGUGGCGGACUGGCCCUUUUCCCCGUUUCCCCCCCCACACCCUCCCCCGCUUCCUCUCCCCGCGCGUUCUCCCCACCCCUUUCCGCCCCCCUUCCGCUCUCCCCUCAUCUCCCUGCGAUUUCCUCCUACUCCCCGCGUUCACCCCUCUUCCCGCGCACCCACCUCUCUUCCCCGUUUCCCCCCCCCCCCACCUGACCCCCUCCUCUCCCCCCCGACCCCCCCACCCCAACACACAGUCUGGCUCACCUCUCAUCCCCUCCCCACACCAUGCCUCCCCUCCUCCCUCACUCGCUCUUCAUCCCUCCCUCUAUCCACCCUGCGUUCUCCUCGUUCCCCCCGCCCUCGCCUCGUCUUUCCCCUCACUCACCCCUCAUUUCUCCCCACCAUUCACCCUUAUUACCUCCCCGUUCCCCUCGCCCUCCCCUCGUCUUUCUACUCACUCACCCCUCAUUUCUCCCCACCCAUUCACCCUUAUUACCUCCCCGUUCCCCCCGGCCUCCCCUCGUCUUUCCCCUCGCUCACCCCUCAUUUCUCCCCACCCAUUCACCCUUAUCACCUCACCUAUAUAUCCCAAGUCUCUCCCUCCCACCCCCUCACGAUCCAUCUGUCAUUCACCCUCCGCUCACCCCUCAUCUCCCCCCACGUACCUCCGUCUUCCACCCCUCAUCUCCUUGCUCUUCUCCAACCUCUCUCUGCUGACGCCCCACACUCCCCUCAACCCCCUUCCCACGUAACCCUCAUCUUGCCUGUCCCUUGCUCCUUCUCCCCUCUUAACAAUGUCAACCAUCUGUGUUAUACUUUUUUCAGCAGUAUUAAUCAAUGUCAACCGUCAACCUUUUGUCAUUCAACAACUUUUCCCCUCCCUUUCUCCGCCCUCCUCCCCCACAAACACCUCCCCUGGGCCCCCUCCCUUCCUCUCUGCGCUCCUCCCCGCUCCUCUGUUGGAUUGCUUGUUACCUUCCUAUACCCUCAGCACCUGUCACCGCAAGCCACUUGA